AUAUUCUGGGAAUCAUGGCUAUAGAUUCUGCAGAAAUACUUGAAAAAGCUCGACUGAUUGAGAAGCUCUCAUUUGAGGCAUUUAAGUCUGGAUCUGAAACUGAAGAGGCACGCUAUGCGUUUGGAUACCGGAGGAGAGAUCCUGACCUGUAUAAGUUUGUGGAAAAUGUAUUCUAUCAUCCUCUAUUCAAGUCUGUUAUGAUCAGCAGCAUUAUGCUCAAUGCAAUAUUCUUGUCUUUAGAAACGGAUUAUAAAGUUCGUUAUGAGUCACAUUUGUUCCUGCAGGUAGCAGAUCUGAUCAUUUUAGCCAUCUAUACCACAGAAUUUCUAAUGUGCCUUUACUUGGACCCGAUCAAUUAUUGGAAAGAUGGUUAUAAGCGUUUUGAUGCUUCUGUCCUUCUCCUUGCUUACCUGCCAUACACCAUUGACCAGAGCAACCCCGAAAGACACCAUAUUUUCACCAUGUUGAAAGGGUUCCAAGCUCUCCGCGUCCUCAAACUACUCUACUACAGUCCAGGGAUAACUAAUCUACUGGCAGCUAUGGGACAGACUGUGAAAAAUGUAAUCUAUGUCCUUGUCUUGUUGUUCUUGCUAAUAUUUAUCUUUGCUGUUCUGGGACAUGGUUUGUAUGGAGACGAACAACAUGGAGAUCCACAGAACUGGGGCAGUUUAGCAGCUGCCUUUUUUACACUCUUCAGCUUAGUAACGGUUGAUGGAUGGACAGACUUGCAGGAGGAAUUGGAUAAUAGAAAGUUUGUUACAAGCCGAACAUUCACAAUAGUGUUCAUUCUCCUAGGAUUUUUUGUAUUUUUCAAUAUGUUUAUUGGAGUUGUCAUUAUGGAUAUCCAGACCUCAACUGAGCAAUAUGAGCAAAAGCUGACAGAAGAAAGGCAGGUUACUUUGAUUGCAAAGAAGCAGGCCAUCUUAAAAAGGCAACAGGAAGAAAUAUCUGAAUUGUUCAAUCUGCAGAAAUCAACUGAGUACAAAACUUUUGAUGAAAUGGCGGAAAGCUUUAAAAAGAGCCUGCUUCAUUCAGAUCCUAUGAUCUUGGAAGACUUCUGUGCCAGCCUGCCAUUCAUUGACCUCUAUUUGGCAUCCCUUGAUCGUCAGGAUGCCACUAUGUACAAGCUGCAAGAUCUCUACUACGAAAUGGUUGCCAUUUUGACUACCCUGCUAUACCAUUCUGAGGAAAAGUUUUUGCGCUCUUUGCAGUGCUUUAAGGGAAAAUCUAAGUAG